CCACAUGGCCACAUGCGACUGCGAGUCACUGAACCCAGUACAAAGUCCGCUGUUGCGGCUUUAGAUUUUUUGUUAUAAACAAAUUUCUCCACAAGUGAAUUAAACUCAUCUGAAAAACAAAGAUAAUGUCAAAGAAAUUGAAGAAAAAAUCAGUGAAGAACUGGAGCUGUGAGGAAGUGAAGGAUUGGCUUGUUGGUGAAGGUUUUACCCAGUAUUCCAAAACUCUCUGUGAUACCCACAAAAUAGAUGGCCAAGUCCUGCUGUCCUUAACAGAAAAUGAUCUCAAACAACCUCCACUGCAGUUGUCCGUUCUGGGGGAUAUCAAACGGCUAAUGAUUCGUAUUAAUACUCUCCAUGCCAGGACUCCUGCAUCAGAGAACGAAUUGUCUUCCUGUAAUGACAAUUCCAGUGAAGACGAUGUGUUCACAGGAACUCAGGAUUUUAUAACUCAGAAAAAGAAUGUGCAUCUUUCUCAAUAUUUAGAUUCUGAGAUCUUGAAAACUGUUCUAAGCUUUGUAUAUGUAUUUACUGUGUUUUUGUUCACUUCUUUUGUAAUGGUGAUUGUCCACGAACGUGUGCCUGAUGUAGAGAAAUAUCCACCACUGCCUGAUAUUUUUCUGGAUAAUGUGCCAUUCAUACCUUGGGCAUUUCAAGCUACAGAAAUAAUUGGUAUGGCUUUAGGUGCCACAUGGUUCACAAUCCUCUUCUUUCAUAAGCACAGAUUCAUCUUAAUGAGAAGAAUGUUUUCGUUGCUGGGAACACUUUUCCUGCUACGCAGUGUCUGCAUGCUUAUAACCUCACUUUCUGUACCGAGUAAACAUUUAGCUUGUGAGAAAAAGUCCUAUGGAGACAUGAGGGCCAAGUUAGGGAGGGCGUUUGAGAUUUGGUCUGGCCUGGGGAUGACCUCUACUGGAGUACGGACCUGUGGGGAUUACAUGUUUAGUGGACAUACAGUUGUCCUUACCAUGCUCAACUUUUUCAUCACAGAGUACACUCCAAGAAAGCUGUACUACCUGCAUACCUGUAGCUGGAUGGCCAAUAUGUUUGGGGUGUUUCUGAUCCUAGCAGCUCAUGAACACUACUCCAUUGAUGUAUUUGUAGCCUUCUACCUCACCUCCAGACUGUUCCUGUAUUACCACACGCUGGCAAACAAUCGCUCGCUCAUGGAACGCGACAAGGGAAGAAGACGAUUUUGGUUCCCACUCUUUUCAUUCUUUGAGUCCAAAUGCGAUGGAGUGGUUCCAAAUGAAUAUGAAUGGCCAAUUCCUAGAUUAAUAGAAAAUGUGAAGAGUAUAUUUGGCACUGCUACUCCGCUGAAACCAAAACGAAAAUGAUUUAGUGCAGAAAUACUUUAUAGGUGUUGUUUUCCAUGUUUUCCUAUGAAAAGUGUGUGAAUUUGUUUUAUUGGUUGUACUUGCAAAGGAUUUGUAAUGAUUAUAAUUUUGUGUGCCAGUAAAUAAGAUGUUUGACAAUUAGAUAGAUACAAGAUGAGAAUGUUUUUAAUGAAAGUGUUCAUGUAAAAAUUGUGGCUAGUGCUUUCAAUGUUCCUAAAGAUUAUUUUGUACCGUAUAUAAAAUACUGACCAUGUUUUCAAAAUGUUGAUGGGUAUUGGAUUUAUGUUUUGCCAUCCAUAGUUUACUUGAGUGCAAGUAUAUAUUUUGAAGUGCCAUAUAUCUGUUUAAUGAUAAUACCUAAGUGCUUAAGAGUUUGUGAUACAAAAAUGUUUUAUUUUAAUUGUAAAUCGGAGUAAAAGACUCCAUAGUUUUUUUUCUUAUUUAAGGAAAUUUUGUUUGCCAUAGCAGUUUUAGGCCAGGUUGCCAAGAAUAUUUCUUUUGGUUGUAGAACUUGUUUUGUCUUUUGGAUUUCAUGUUUACAAUAUUCUGCAACUUUUUAAAAGAAAAGAAGGCUUUCCUUAUAAAUAAAGACCCAAAGAUAUGCACUGUAAAACUGGUUAACAAAGGAAUGUUUACUCAGUUUAAUGCACAAAUUAAAAAUGAGCAUACAUGUAUGUUUCCCAUUCAUUCAUUCUUUGAAUGUACAUAUAAGUGCAAAUUCUAAAUACACAUAUAUAAGUUUGUUAAACACGAAAUAACACCUAGCAAUUAAAUCUUUAAUUUGAACAUAUAUUUUACCCAAUAUUUUUUCACUGUGCUUCCACUGAAUAUUUUUUCCUUCUUUAUCUAUAAACUAUACUUCUAAUGUUUGUGUAUGUAUAUUCAGGUUCAUUAUUUUUAAGUCAUAUGAAACUCAAAAUAUGGAAAAUGUUUCAAAGGUCAACUAGCUAUUUCAAAGCUCUCCCAUUUAUGUCAUAUAUAAACUGAUAACUCAGUAUUUCAGAUUAUUCCAUUAGUAUACAUCUAGUUUAUCUUAUUAUAAUGUUUACAAGUUAGAAACAUUUUUUUUUCUAAAUUUCUUGCAAAACAGCUUUCUUUGCAAAAUUGUAAUCUUGCUAUAUUUUUUCUUCGUUAAACCUUCAGAGCACUGAAAGCUCCAACUGUUGAAAAUAUUUUUGUUGAUUUGUUUAUUCAUACAAAUUAAGGGAAGAAAAAACAAAGACUAUUGAAUCUUUGCUGCAGUUCAAAUGAAAACUUUUGUUUAUAAAGCUUGUGAUAAUUUUUUUUAUACAAAAUGUCUAUUGAUAGAUAUGAACAAUUAUGGCAGGAAAUUUACUUUUUAAUAUAGGCACUGCUUUCUUGGCUGUUAUUGGUGAUAUUGUAUGCAUUUAUCUACCUUACUAUAUUUUUUAAAUAAAUAUUGAUAUUAACCUA